GUGUCAAAGUCAAACAUAAGACAUCUGUCACAAUAAACCAAAUGUGUUGUUUUAAAAAUUUCAAUUUUCUUAUCAAAUAGCCCCAGUUUAAAAAACUCUAUAAUAAUGGCCAAGGCCUGUGGGACCGUAAGUGAACAGCUCCAAGCGAAAAUCGACGAGUGGUUAAGAUGGGAUAAAAACCCCAAAACGUCCUUGGCAAUUAAGCAAUUAUUUGAAGAAAACAAGUUCGAUCAGUUAAGUAAAGUGUUGCUAAAUCGCUUAAAGUUCGGUACGGCCGGCCUGAGGGGCAAAAUGUCCGCGGGGUACGCCUGCAUGAACGAUUUGGUUAUAGUGCAAACCGGCCAAGGAUACUUAAAAUAUUUAGAAAAGUAUCGAAGUGAUCUCCUUAAGCGGAAUGGAAUUGUAGUGGGGUACGAUGGCAGACAUAACAGCAAAAAGUGGGCCGAAAUAACCGCGACGAUUUUCGCAAAUGCCGGAUACAAAGUGCGGAUAACUAAUGUGGUCCAUCCUACCCCUUUAGUGCCUUUUACAGUGAAAACAUACAAUUUGGCUGGCGGGGUUAUGGUGACCGCUUCCCAUAACCCUAAGGAUGACAACGGUUAUAAAGUCUAUGAUGCCAAUUCGGCCCAAAUCAUUUCCCCUGAAGAUCAACGCAUUCAGGAUCUAAUUUUGGACAAUUUGGUACCUCAGGAAUCAUCAUGGGACACCUCAGUGCUACAAGGUAAUCCUCUAAUCAUUGAUCACUUACCAGAAAUCACUGAAUUAUACUUGAAACAAGUUAUUUUGGACCAAAUACAUCCAGAUGAUAUCGAUAACAAUGCGAAAGUGGGAUUAAAUUAUGUUUAUACUGCCUUGCAUGGAGUGGGGUGGGCAAUGGCCGAAAAAGUCGCUUUAAAAGUGAAAGGCAACCUGUUUCCGGUACCUGAGCAACAGGAUCCUCAUCCAGACUUCCCGACUGUUAAAUUUCCCAAUCCGGAGGAGGGCAAGAGCGCCCUGGAUCUUUCUUUUAAAUAUGCCGACGAAAAGGGUUGCAGUAUCAUUUUAGCCAAUGAUCCUGACGCUGACCGGUUUGCUGUAGCUGAAAAGAACAAGAUUUCCGGAGAGUGGAGGAUAUUCAAUGGAAAUGAACUGGGAUCCCUUUUAGGGUGGUGGAUGUUACAGAGUCAUAAGAGGACAAAUCCCCAGAUACCUCUGGAUAAGGUUUAUAUGAUUUCUAGCACAGUGAGUUCGAUGAUUUUACAAACAAUGGCCAAAGCAGAAGGUUUCAAUUUUGUGGACACCUUAACUGGGUGCAAAUGGAUCGGAAACAAAUGCCUACAGUUGGAGCGAGAAGGUUUUAAGGUUAUAUUCUGUUUCGAGGAGGCCAUAGGUUACAUGUGCAACGACAUAAUCUUGGAUAAAGACGGCAUAUCGGCUUUGGCCAACUUUAUUUGCCUCUCCAGUUUCGUUUACGGCAAUAACAAACAAUUAUGUGACCAGUUGGAUGAAAUCUAUGACAAGUACGGCUUCCAUUUGUCCCUGAAUUCUUACUAUUUCUGUCACGAGCCGAAAGUGAUUAAUCAAAUAUUCGAGCGAAUCAGGAAUCUAAACGGUCCCAAGAAGUACCCCACCGGAAUCCUUAACGAGAAAUUCAAAAUUACCGCCGUUCGAGAUUUGACCACCGGAUACGACAACGCUCAACCGGAUAACCGUGCGGUGUUGCCGGUCUCCUGCGAGUCUCAAAUGAUCACGUUCACAUUCGAGAACGGUUUGCAUAUUACGAUAAGAACCAGUGGGACGGAACCGAAGAUUAAGUACUACAGCGAGUUAUGUACCAGCCCUGACGUUAAAGAUAAAUCGGUAGCGCUGGCAACGUUGCAAGAAAUGGUCAAUGCCAUUUGUAAGGAGUUUUUGGAACCGGAUAAAAAUGGACUUGAGCCUCAAAAUGCUAAAUAAACGGUGCUAAAAGGA